GCAGCGCUUAGGUGGCCGAACUGGCAUAAAUAAAAUGGAGUUUAUUGUACAUGUUUUUCUUAAAAUAACCUUUCGUUUGUGAUUUUUGUCUGUAAACAUUUGCAGUGGUUGAAAAGUUGAGGUUAUUGUUAUGACAACCGAGAUAACUUUCAGGACCAGCCCUAAUGUAUUGUCGAUGGACAAUGUGGCCGAUUGUUGUAGAGCCUGUUUACGUUCUGAUUGUGCAUUAACGCCUACCGAUGUACAGGACAACGACUCGAUUAAAUUCUGCGACAAACUCUUCGCUUGCGUUUCCGAAGUUGUAUGGCAAAAGGAUGAUAUACCUUAUUUAAUAUGUUCAAAUUGUAUAGACCGCCUUAGAAUAUCCUAUGACUUUCGAAUAGUUUGUCUUCAAUCUGAUCACACAUUGCAAAGAUAUUUUGCACACGCUAAUGAUGACAAAAAUUCCGUGGGGAGAAUUCUUACAACUCCCACAAAAUUUGAUUUUGUAAUACCCACAAGUACACCUGAGGCUAUUACAGAGAUUAUUGAUGAACCACAAAAUUCUGAGUAUAUUCAUUUGAAACAUUUUUUGGACAAUGACGAGGAAAGUUCCAAAAAUGAUCAGGAGUUGGACAUCCCUUCUAGAAGCUCCACUCCUGAUGUAUCACAAUCCAAAGACUACUUAGAGGAAAUUCAGAAUCAUCAAAUUCAGCAUAUCCAAACAGAUCAAAUCCAUGAAAAUCAGCAUCAACAUGUUGAAAUUCAACAACUUCAAACACCAAUUAUUAUUGAACAAAAAACAACAUCAUUACAAACACAAAGUAAUAAUUGCAUGCAACAGCAACACAUUCAAAUACACACCCAACAAAUACCUCAACAACUUCAACAGCAACAACAACCAAUUCAAACUGUGCAAGUUCAAGUCCAAGAACCAAUACAGCAACAACAAGUACAACAACCAGCUGUUGUGCAACAAAGAUAUGUAAUAAAAAGGACAACAGGUGUUCAGUGUAGACCUCCAUCCCCAGUAAAACAAGAAAACUCUGAGGUUAAACAGUUCACCUGCGGAGUGUGUGGCAAAAACUAUCGUAAAAACGCUAAUUUAAGAAUCCACAUGCGCACCCAUACGGGAGAGAAACCUUUCGAAUGUAAAUACUGCGAGAAAAGGUUCUACCACUCGUCCCAUUUGCGGGAGCAUAUCAGACGACAUACCGGCGAAAAACCGUUCAUGUGUGCCGUCUGCAACAAGCGAUUUACCAUCAAAGGCGAACUGACGAUGCACAUGAAGAGUCACACUGGCGAGAAACCUUACGCCUGCACUUGCUGCGAUCGUCGCUGCCUCACGGCAGCCGAUCUGAAAGUUCACAUGCGCACCCACACGGGCGAGAAACCUUUCAGUUGCUUGACUUGUGGCAAAAAGUUCGCCAGCACGUACAUCCUCAACUCCCACAUAAAAACGCACACCGGCGAACGACCCUACUCCUGCACCGUCUGCGAUAAGACAUUCACUCAAUCCAGCCAUCUCAACGUUCACAUGAGGAAACACACUGGUGAAAAGGUGUGUUGUAAGUUGUGCAAUGCGAAAUUCACGCACUCGUCCCAGUUGACGGUGCACAUGCGUGAACACACGGGCAAACAACCGUACAAGUGCAAUUUGUGCGACAAGAUUUGCAAUUACGCCUCCGAACUUCAAACACACAUGAUGAAGCACACGGGCGAGAAGUUUAGUUGCGUGACUUGCGACAAAAAGUUCACCACCGCCGCCUAUCUACACGAACACACCCGCACACACACCGGAGAGAAUCUGUCCACCUGUACGAUUUGCGAAAGGCAAUUUACGAGACACCAGUAUUUAGAAAAACACAUGCGUACUCAUACGGGAGAAAAGCCGUACACGUGCUUCAUUUGCAAUAAAAAGUUCACGCAGUCGUCCAGUUUGAAGGUGCAUAUUAGGAUUCACACUGGGGAAAAACCGUACUCUUGUGCGCUAUGUGACCGCAAGUUCACGACUUCGUCUGAUCUAUCGGUUCAUGCCAAGAAGCAUUGUAAUAAGAAAUAUAUUAGUUUGUAAGCAAGACAACUGUAGGUACUGUUAUAAAACAAAUGUUUUAAUGUCGAUGGUUUUUUAGUUGGUCGUGUAAAAAAUGUGAUAUUAUUGUCAUUGGGGUUUUGUAAUUGUUAUUUGUUGAAUUUUAUUUCUACUUCCAUAUAUGUUAAGCGGUUAUUUUUAAUUAUACUUUUAUUUUUUUUACAGUUUUUACCGGCCAACUUUGAGCCAGUUAUGCCAUAUCUGAAUAUUAUUUAAUUUUUAAGACUGCUUCAUGUUUAUAUUUGUUUUUCCAGUUCACUUACAAGUGAUCUCAUACUCCUUAACAGGUCCUAAUAUUAUUAGAACAGCUUGCUAGAAAACAAUUGCAAUUACUAUAUGAAAUGUUUAAAAUAAUCAAUUUUAGUGAUAUUUGCUCAGCAAAACUAAAUAUGUAGAUAGAAUUGUACAAUUUUUUUAUUUAGUCGGCUUCUUUUAACGCGCGAUAUUUUAUACUGUUAUUUUUGAUUUUAAAACGUCCAAAAUUUAUAUGUAUUUUAAAUAUAUAAGUUUUAAAUUGGGA